AUGUCCCCCCUGCUCGAAAAGAGAAGCACGCAGCGCUCUAAACCAUUGCAGUCCCCAUGGCAGACUCUUCGUCAAGACGAGACAAUUCGAGCCGAAAUUUACCAAGAUGUGGAAAGAUGCCUCCAGGAAAAUUACUUCUUUCGGGAACCUACCACGAAACGCAUGAUGUUGGACAUCUUAUUCAUCUUCGUGAAGUUGAACCCCGACCUGGGCUAUCGACAAGGGAUGCAUGAAUUGCUGGCGCCGGUGCUAUGGGUGAUCUGGCAAGAUGCAGUGGCCAAAGACGCACUCACCAACCAUAGUCCUUCAAGCGUAGACGAUCAGCUCUUGCUGCAAACGCUGGAUUCGGACUAUAUAGAACAUGAUGCUUUUGCGAUUUUCUGUGCGAUCAUGCAAACCGCGAUGCUCUUUUAUGAACAUAAUGAAAUGAAAUCGGGGUCAGACCAGCAAACCGUAUCGUCUAUCAUUGUCCGAAGUCAACACAUUCAUCAAAUUAUGCUGGGAAGCGUUGACCCGGAAUUAGCGGCUCAUUUGCAAUCUAUUGAAAUCCUACCGCAAAUAUACCUUACAGCUGGUCUGUGUUUCGAUGCUGCUAAGAAUCAGAUGGCAAUAUAUCCAUCCCCUGAGCCACAAAAGCCAGCAGACUUCCUUCGUGAUGCUUUGUUUCUAGAAGAGAACAUGACGCUGGAUGGCGGAGAACUUUUAAUUUCGAAAUAUUCGGGCAAAUCGCCAGAUUUCAAGGGUCACAGGCUGCAAUUCCAAGGAGCCCAAACGGCUUCGCAGAAGCGGAAUUCUCAGAGCAGGGAUAUCAGCUCCCGUGCUAGCGGACGAACUUCGCCAAGCAGGUCGCCACUGCGGAUAAAUCAAAAGCGCUUGGACUCUUUAUUUCAAGACGUAUCCGACGGUAUUUAUCGACGUACAGAAGGAUGGGGAGUUGCUAGAGUGGUCCGCGGAGCAAUGGUUGAGGCUCGACGCAAUAUUCAAGGUAUCCAUUCCAGCCCUACAACGCCUACACUGCGGCCAGAAGGCGGGUCGACUCCGAGAUUAUCCAUACCCUCAAGAGUUGAAGCUGUUGCCUCUCGAGAGUUGAGCCUGAAAAUAAUAUCACUUGAAAACCGAAACAAAGCCCUCGCGAGCAUGCUUGGAGACGCGUUAAAAGACCUACAAGUUCACGAACCAGAACCCAAAGGUGCGGAAAGUAAUACCUCCACUGGGAAUAUGGAUCAGAUUCGUGAGAAGAUUGAACGUGUGCGAGAAUUGCUCCAAGAUUCGUCCAUUCCAAUUCCGGAAAAGGUGAAAGAUAUGACCAUCAAUAGGAAUGAUGGCAGGGUGAUGAAAAGCCGGCCUGCCGAGAAGCGCAACCAAACUCUUACCAGCAAAACCGAACCCCUAGGAGGCGCGGAAAGCAGCUCAUCAUCUAGUUCCUCGCUGCCCUUGAAUGCGAAAAACUCCCAAACUGAUAAUUUACUGAACCCCAUGCCAAUUAGACCCGCGCCGCGUGCGUCACUGGCCGAAUCAUCGUUUUCGUGGAUGCUGGGAGAAAAGGAAAAUCGUUCGGCCUUUGCACCAUGUGCGUCCGCUCCGCCAGAACACUUGCGGAAGUCUGAAUCUCGCACAAGGGCAGCUCCGCUGUUUAGAGAUCAGCGUAGCGAUGAUAAGCGUAGACGAACUGAUGAAGCGGAUAAUGAUGUACUUGUUCUAGAGCGAUUACCAGGGAUAUCAAAAGAGUAA